AUGAAAUUUUGGUUGUCCAUUCUUCUAGUUAUUGGAGUCUUUUUAGGAAGUAUUUCUGCUGAGGUGCAGUUUGAUGAACUUGAAAGUUUAAUUAAUGAAAUUGAUAAUGAAGGUACUCCUCUUAAUCCAAGAAGAUCUGUUAAAGCAAAUAUAUGUGAAGGACAUAUUUGUGGAUGGGGAAAAGAAUGUAUUGAUGAUGGAAAAGGAAAACCAUCUUGUCAAUGUAUUCGUGAAUGUCCAAAAUUAACAAAUGAAAAUGAUAAAGUUUGUGCUACAAAUAAUGAAACAUUUCCAACACUUUGUGAACUUUAUCAACAAAAAUGUUUUUGUAAACAAUCAAAAGAACAAUGUAAAGAUUCAUCAUAUUCAAAAAUUCAUCUUGAUUACCUUGGAGAAUGUAAAGAAAUUGAAGAAUGUACUGAAGAAAUGAUGGAACAAUUUGGAGUACGUAUGGCUGAUUGGCUUUUUCAAGUAAUGAAAGAAUUAAAAAAAAGAAGAGAACUUCAUGGAAUUGAAUGGGAACAACUUAUUAAUGAAGCUGAACAUGAUGAUGAAAAGAAACAUGUAUACCCAGUUAUUUGGAAAUUCUGUGAUUUAGAUAUCAAACCACAUGAUAAACAUGUUACUCAUCAUGAACUUAUUCCAAUGACUGCCUUUGUUAUUCCAAUGGAAUCAUGCAUAAAACCAUUUUUAGAAUCAUGUGAUACUGACCAAGAUAGAUCAAUUACAAUUGUUGAAUGGGGAAAAUGUCUUGGAUUGAAAGACGGAGAAAUUCAAGAAAGAUGUUAA